AUGUCGUUCGCAAACGGGUCGGCUGAGAUCAAGGGUCCCGGCUGGACAGAGGCAUGGGCAUCGAUCAUGGAAGUGCUGUACUGUAGCCCCGCCUCGUUAGGGCGUCAUCAUCGAUUCAUUCCGCUACGACCUACCUUUCCGCCUCAUACGCAACACUUACUGGCGCCGCAAGAAGUGUUGGCAUUUCCCCUCUACCCUCCAUUGGAGGGAAAUUUGCGUCUUGCAACCGCCGCGGCAGAUCUCCCGCGUAUUGCGGACCUGAGCGUCUUGGGCUUCAGAGACUCGGAGAUCUUCCGCUUUGAGAGGCCUCGCUAUCAGGAAUUUCCUCAAGAUGCCGUCGCAGCCUUCUCCAACAUAUACCGCACUCAGCUCUUGGAUCCUCUUGCCAUUGUCGUCGUCGUCGAGGACUUGCGGUUGCCCGAGGACGAGACCGGCGCGACUCGCCAAACGGAACGGGUAGUGGUUGGAGUGGCCAGCUGGGAUCUACCUGAAGACUCACCGCGGAAGGGCCGGGCCAGUUCGUCGUGCCUAAUGUGGAUGACCCCUUACCUCAGCCUGAUCGCGAUCUCUGCCAACGUCGAUGGGAGCUCUUUACUCGAUUUAGUAAGGCUACAGAGAAGAAGAAACAGUAUCUGCGAUAAGCUGGUCGUCCAUCCACUAUACCAACGUCGUGGCCACGCCACAUCCAUGCUGCAAUGGUUUCUUGUGCUUUCGAGACAUGAUAAAAUCGACGCAGGGGUUAUACCUUCGCAUAUGGGCGAGCUAUUGUAUCUGGCCUUGGGUUACGAAAAGAUCGAUGAAGUUCCGGUCCCGGACGAUGGCGACACCCAGGGUUUCUCUCAACGGGUCUUGUUGUUCCACGCAACCGCUAAUAAGUAG